UGGAGAUCAGUCAGAAUCAGCUGCGGCAGGCGGGGGUUGGUCUGAUUGGGCCGCCAUUUAACUAGAAUAAUAACUAUAAUACUAAAACAACUUUAGCUUUUUUUUUUGGAAAGUUUUUUUUUAUUUUUUAACACAAGCAAACAUAAAAACAUCUUCAAUCAAAUACAGUGUGUCGAAUAAAAUUGGCUCUCUUUUUCUUCUUCUUCUGGGAUGCGAGCUUAAGCUGAGGAUCACGUUGUUCCCCUCGCAGUAUGUUAUGUUGCUUCUACGUUAAAUCACUACAGAACUUGACCAAUAUAUGUGUGUAACAUGGGGAUUUAAGUCAGACAUGAAGGUAAUUAGGCAUUCUGAGGAGGCAUUGAAAACAGCUCUUCUCUCCAAGGAUAGACAGCUUUUGAAGCUUUAUGAGAAGUUUGAUCCUAAGGAGAAGCAUUUGCUGAAUGAAGCAUUUCAACCAGACAGUGUUCUUUUUAAACCUAUAACUCUGGAAUCCGAAUCAGACUGGAUCUCCUCACAUCCAGAACCCACCCAGGAUUUUUCACAGUUUUAUUAUGACCCUGGCAGAAAUUUGCCAACCCCACAGAAGAGACAGAUUUACAUCCAGCCUAUUGGUUCUUUUGGAGAUGCCAAAGUUAGCACAGAUGUCUACUUAAAAUGGCUGAGAGAUUACUGUGAAGCAUUUUACUACGGCCUGACUGUAAGAAUCCUGGACCCAACGCCAGUUUCACACACAGGUUGUGCUUUUCGAAUCAAUGAAUACACACACAAUCUGCAGAUCCAUGCAGGGUAUCUCUUGAGCUACCUAAAGAAAAAAAAGCCAAAGGAUGCUUUUUGCAUUGUGGGAAUAACCGUGAUAGAUCUUUACCCCAAGGACUCUUGGAAUUUUGUCUUUGGACAAGCCUCCUUAACCGAAGGGGUGGGGAUCUUCAGCUUUGCCAGAUAUGACAGCGACUUCUACAGUGCAAACUACAAGGGCAGGUUGAAAACAACAAAAAAGCUUCCAGUAGAUGACUAUUCUGUGUUUGAUGGUUACUAUACACCUGAGAUCACAAGUCAAUUACUUCUGAGAUCCUGCAAAACUUUGACUCACGAGAUUGGACACAUCUUUGGGCUCCAUCACUGUCAGUGGUUACAAUGUGUUAUGCAGGGAUCUAAUCAUCUGGAGGAAUCAGAUAGACGUCCAUUAGACCUUUGUCCUAUUUGCUUGCGCAAGCUGCAAUCUGUUCUUGGGUUCAGCAUUCUGGAAAGAUACAAGGCGCUGCAGAGAUGGAUAGAGGAUAAAACUAACGGAACAGAAGAAGGGCACAGCAGUGAAGCUAGAGGAGGAUUGCCAAAGCCGGUGGAAUCAUUUACAGAAAGUUAUGAGAUGCUUAUGAAAUGCUUAGACGUUCUCCAGAAAUAGGUUUGCUCUGCAGGUUCAAAGGGAAUGCUCUUAUUAUAAUAGUAUAAUCACUGUUAAAAUAUGGUGAUGAAUUAAAUAUAUUUUAAGUUAAAAGCUAAAAAAAACACCUUACGGUAAAUAUCUAAGCUGUUUGUUCUGCAUAUUUUCUUUUGUCUCUAUUAAGUUACUCUUUUUCCUGAAAUGUCUAACACAGUCUAAUAACACAUUAUUUCUUAUAUUGAAAGAAUUAAGCUGUGCUGCAGUCCAUGGAACUGCUGUCAGGCAUCUGAAUUAGUUGUUUCGUCCACAAUAUUGAUUGACAAAUCGAGCCCUGUUUCUGUCUGUAAAAUACCUGCUUACAUGACUUUGGAGCAAAAAACAGCAACUUAAAAGGAGCAUUUUCUCUGCCUGUUCAGCAAAUGGUCAUGUUUGCAUUCCAUGAUGAAUGACAAAUCCUUCUUAUUUGCAUCGAACAAGAAGUGGAAUGGAAGCAAAUGAAUUGUGCAUAUCAAUAAACCCUUCAUGCACAUCAGAAUUUAAAAUUGGCACAGAAAAGCUUGUGGGGCAUGAAAUUGAUCAGAGCCUCCAAUACUUGUGCUCCUGAAGUCAGUUAAUUUCUCUCACAGUAUAGACCCCGUCCAUUUCAUCAGGGGUAAUGGGUCAAAUUCAGCCCAGAUAUCCAGACGAAACUGCCCCAAUCAACUCCAUAGGACCAGUAUACCUGGAGAGUGACUACAAGCAGAUCGUAAAUAAAAUAUCCACAGUACCUUUAAAAUUACAAUUAAAAACUCUGACAUUAAAUAACAUGAAAAUAAACAAAAAAUAAAAAAUAUUAAGGAUGGUAUACUAAAAUCCAUAAAUAUCAUCUCUGCAGAGGCUGUCUGCAAAAGCUCAGUUUUUAACGCAUUCCUAACAGCUAAAGAACCUACAUAUUUUACAGUUCAUAAAUAAAAAUGCUGCUGUUUCUUCAGAAUUGAAAAAGGAAAUAAUUUGGAGAAUUGAUGGUCCUCUGGAUAACAUUGAGCAAUGACCUCUGGGAAAGAACAAAGGAGAAAGAGGCGAACUACACAAGCACAAGGAUGUUUUUUAAUGUCGGAUUAAUUUGAUUAAAGUGUGUAUCCCUCUUUAUAAGGUCUGGAACAUUUUUAAUGGGAAAUCUAUUAAGAUUUAGGAGUAAAAAUCUACUAAUUUCCUUGGUUUGGAUUACUGAUAUAUGGCGCAAUAGUGUUUUCAUCUUAAAUCUAAAUCCAAUUAGCAUAUUUCCUUGCCUAAUUAAUGUUUAAGCAUAUUUUUCUCCUCUUCCUAGCUAGGUAGAACAGAUUUCCCAGUGUGUAUAAUUUUCAAAGUUAAUUUUAGUUGGACAGGCACUGACUUCUUCCAGGAUGCUUUCUGAUUUCCCAGUAAUUAAUAUUUGACAUGACAGCACCUUUAAUUUUGAAAGGAUACAGAAAUAAUUUCUUUCCACACAUGAAAUUUUGCAGGAAUAUUAACUUCUGAUGAGAAUUUCACCAGACAGACAAAAGGCAUAUUGAUCAUGUUACCCAGAUUUUAUUUUAUUUAUUAUAUUAUAUUAAUAUUUAGUGAAUAUGUAUACAGGAGUCUUAUUUUAGAAAAAAAAAAAUAAAGAUCUUUCAAUGUUGUUGAAAUUAUCUGUCUUUUUUGUUGACAUUUUUGGUUAAUGUUCAGACACAAAACAAAAUGAGAAACUUUCAUCUUUGUUUCAUAUUAGUUUGCUGCAGUCACACUUGCAUUGUCUUUUGCAUUACAUUUUAUAUAGUUCAUUUUUUUUAUGUGUUAAUCUGAGGUGAAUAUAGUCAUUGUGAGUUAUUAAAGAAACACUCACUACCUUUGCCUCAGUCCCAGUUCAUUAGGGUAGUGGUUUGAUAUUUUGCUACUUUAUGAAGUCCAAGUAUAUUUUAUUAGAUUAUGAUAGGGCAAUUGUAUUUAUCAAGCAUUCACAUUGUUUCUCCCAGCCAAGAAAAAUCUGGAUUUUUCAACAUGAACAUUUUAAAGGCUUUUGCCACUAUUCCCCAUCUCUUCCUCUGCAGUUUUGUGGAGGGUGAUGAUUUGCUGUGAACUAUGGAGAAUGAGUUCAGUGGGAUCAACGUCUCCCUUGCAAGGUGGA